GUUACGUAUAAAAGAAGAUAGCGAGUAAAGUAACUGUUUAGUGUCACUUUGAAAACACCAACGUACGUCUGACGACCAUGAACAAGUUUCUCGUAUUUCUUCUCGUAGUCUGCAUGGCAGCCUUUUCCAAUCAACAGGACGAUGAAUGUGGACCAAAUGCUGUUUACAAUCGAUGUGGUUCUGCGUGUUAUGUAACGUGCAAUUCACCCCGACGGCCCCGGCUUUGUCCUACAGUCUGCGUAGAAGGCUGCUUUUGCAAACGAGGAUACGUAUUCAUCUCCACACAAGACAGGCGGUGUGUCCUUCAAAGAGAUUGUCCGAAGUAAUCGAAUCUCAAUGCUUGUAAAAGAUAGUACAUGAGAUGAAAAUAUUCCAGCGUUAAUAAAUUGACUUAUUGUACAACCGGCUUCAAAAUUGUACCAGUAUCUGAAGUAGCGCGUAAAUUUUACCAAAUGCAAAAAAAAUCGUUAUUCGUGUAGCGUAUUAAAAAUUCGAAAAUAAAUUUUAUACGGCAUAAAAAUUUAA